UUCUAAAGAAAAAAGAGAAAACCUCAUUAGAACCCUAACCAACUUUCUUUUCUUUCAAUUCUAUUUUAGAUAAAAUUGACUUCAAUUAUCUCAUGUACUAUAAGUUAAAUCAAAACCCAUUUAAUGUCAUCAUUUGUAGCUUGAUACCCACUUGAAAAGAAACGAUUUUGAUCCAUGGGUAUUUUACCAAAUUUCAGAGGAGCUUCAAAAACCCAAGAUGGUGCAUUACCUCUAUCAGAUGGGUCAUCAUCAUCAGUUUUAAAUAACAAUUAUAAGAAGAAAUGGUCAAACAUUUUGUUGGUUUUCAUAAUUAUUGUGGUUGGUGCUGAGAUUUGCUUCUUGGGUCGUCUGGAUAUGGCUAAUAAUGCAGCUUUAGUUGAUUGGGCUGAUCGCUUGUUUUAUAAUAACAAUAAAAAUUUGGGGUUUGAUGGUGAUGAUUGGAAGGACGUGGCAGGAAAUUUGGAACUGGAUAGCUGUGAAAAGUGGCUAGAAAUGGAGGAUUCAGUGGUUUACUCUAGAGAUUUUGAUAAAGAUCCAGUCUUGGUUGUUGGUGCUGAGAAGGAGGUACGAACGAAUUGUGCAGUGGGAUGCCAUUUUGGCUCUGAACCAAAUAAAAAACCUGAUGCUGGAUUUGGUGCAGCAAACCAAGGUGAAACAGCUAGUGUGCUCCGUUCAAUGGAAUCAGCUCAAUACUAUCCUGAAAACAGUAUAGCUCAGGCGCGACGGAGGGGUUAUAGUAUUGUAAUGACAACUAGCCUCUCAUCAGAUGUUCCAGUUGGAUACUUUUCAUGGGCCGAGUAUGAUAUCAUGGCACCAGUACAGCCAAAGACUGAGAAAGCACUUGCAGCUGCUUUCAUUUCUAACUGUGGUGCUCGCAACUUUCGUUUGCAAGCUCUGGAGACACUUGAAAAGGCAAAUGUCCCAAUAGAUUCAUAUGGCGCUUGCCAUCGGAAUCGCGAUGGAAGAGUUGGAAAAGUAGAGGCUCUGAAACGGUACAAAUUUAGCUUGGCUUUUGAAAACUCAAACGAGGAGGAUUACGUAACUGAAAAGUUCUUCCAAUCUCUUGUUGCUGGAACCAUUCCUGUGGUUGUUGGUGUUCCAAAUAUUCAAGAUUUUGCUCCCGGACCUGGUUCAGUUUUACACAUUAAGGAGCUAAAAGAUGCUGAGACGGUUGCAAAAUCUAUGAAAUACCUUGCAGAAAAUCCUGAUGCUUACAAUCAAUCAUUAAGGUGGAAAUAUGAAGGUCCAUCUGAUUCUUUCAAGGCCCUACUUGAUAUGGCUGCUGUACAUUCAUCUUGUCGUCUUUGUAUUCAUUUGGCAACUAUAAUUCGGGAGAAGGAGGAACAUAGCCCGGGGCUCAAGAAACGCCCAUGCAAAUGUACCAAAGGAUCAGAGACCGUACAUCAUUUAUAUGUAAGAGAAAGAGGAAGGCUCCAGAUGGAGUCCAUUUUUUUGAGGUCCAGAAAUUUGACUGUAAAUGCUCUGGAGACUGAAGUGCUCAAGAAGUUCAAGUCGAUGAAACAUAUACCGAUAUGGAAGGAAGAAAGACCUGAAAGCAUACGAGGAGGUGACCAUGAAUAUAAAGUUUACAGAAUAUACCCUGUAGGGAUGACACAGAGGCAAGCUUUAUAUACAUUCAGAUUUGACAAUGAUGCCGAUUUUCAGAAUCACUUGCAAAUGAACCCGUGUGGAAAAUUCGAAGUGAUAUUUGUCUAGAGCCAUAAAUACAUUCUGGAAUCGCCAUUAUCAGGCAUCAUCUGCUGUAAUAUUUGCAGAUAGGUUGAGGUUUUUUCUACGCAUUCCUAUUUCGCGGAAUAUCGUCCUUGUAAGCCAUGUUAUACACAAUGGAGUAUUAUGAUUUAUAGGCAGGAAAUUGAGUUGGAGAUGUGUGGCUUAAUCUGAAUGUGAAUCUUUAUGGGACCCCAUUUUCUUGAUCUUAUGUGUAUGAUUUAGUGAUUUUAUGGAAAUUGAAAAGCUUUUAAUCUCGAUUUUUGCUGA